UUUGCGGUUGCAGUUGGGGCAUGGAACAUAUAGCAAUGUAUACAAAGCCAGAGAUAAGGAGAGUGGAAAGAUUGUUGCUUUGAAGAAGGUAAGGUUUGACACAUCAGACCCAGAAAGCAUAAAGUUUAUGGCAAGAGAGAUAAUGAUUCUGCAGAAGCUGGAUCAUCCCAAUGUCAUCAAACUCAAAGGACUUGCAACAUCAAGGAUGCAGUAUAGUCUUUAUCUUGUUUUUCGUUACAUGCACUCUGAUCUUACAAGAAUCAUCUCUCGUCCUACGGAUAAACUCACUGAACCACAGAUCAAGUGUUAUAUGCAGCAACUGCUUCUGGGGCUACAGCACUGUCAUGAGAGAGGAGUUAUGCAUAGAGACAUUAAACCUUCCAACUUGUUAGUAGAUAAAAAAGGGGUGCUAAAAAUUGCAGAUUUUGGGCUAGCAAAUUCUUUUGCUAUAAAACCUGAAGGGCCUUUCACUAAUCGAGUGGUGACACUUUGGUAUAGAGCUCCUGAACUCCUUUUGGGUUCGACAGAUUAUGGAUAUGAAAUUGAUCUCUGGAGUGCAGGAUGCUUGUUGGCUGAGAUGUUCCUUGGAAGGCCACUUAUGCCUGGGAGAACAGAGGUUGAACAACUUCACAUGAUCUUCAAACUUUGUGGUACACCUUCUGCGGAUUAUUGGAUGAGAAGGAAGCUAACGACGAGCUUAUUUCCACCACUACAUUACAAAGCUAAUUAUGAUGAAAACUUUAAGGAUUUUCCUUCCUCUGCUUCUGCUCUCUUGACUACACUUCUUCAUCUAGACUCUCAUGCACGUGCCACAGCUGCUUCUGCUCUUCAAAGCCAAUUUUUCAAGUCAAGUCCAUUAGCAUGCGACCUUUCAGCUUUGACUGUAAUAUACAAAGACGAGGAUGAAUACUCCCAAACAAAAAGAAGAAAAAGGUACAAUUUAUAUAUAUAUAUAUAUAUAUAUAUAUAUAUAUAUAUAUGAAAUUAAGAUGUUAUCAGAAUUUAUGAGAUUGUUGGCCUUAUCUUAUCAUUUAUUAUUCAUUAUCAAUAGUGUUAGAUAACAAGUGUAGAACUAAUUAUGUGCUCUUGAAAUUGAUAACUUGUUUAUUCAUGACAAAUUAAGGCGAAAGGGUCUGAAAAACAAAGGGCAUGUAGUUCAAACAUGUGCAUGCAAUAUGAACCAAUCACAUAAAAACAAUACUUGUGAACAAAGCACGAGAGACUCAGAAUCAUUCAAAGAGGUAAACUUCACAACAGAUCCCACUAAACACUUUGAUCAUGCUGCUAAUAUUUGUUUCAUAUACUUUUUUUAACAUUCUCUAACAAAAUCAUGCUUUAAUUUGAUUAUUUAAGGGACUAUUUUGUUAUGUAUAAUGAAGAUAGUAAGUCUGAACUUACAACUUCAAAUUAUAUCUGUCUUCUUGUAUAUGAAAUUUUUACAAACAGAUAUCAGUUACUUUUUUAUAGGUUUGUAUAUAUUCUUUGUUGAUCAGUUUUAUUUAGUUCCCAAUCUUAGAUUUCUUUCCUUCUUUUGCUUAAUAAUACUUAAUCUAAAUAUGCUGCAGAUGAUUAGUGAUGUAUAGUGAUAAAUGUGCAUACAUAGUUUGAAGAGUAAAAAAAAAUCAGUGUUUUAGAUAUUGAGAAACUAUUUCUUUCUCAAAUCCCAAAGAUAGUGAUAGUUGUACUAUCCAUUAUAACUUUUAUGUGGUUUUGGUUGUGACAACAGAAGAGUGUGGCACAAGACAUGAAAGGUGAAGAAAUUGGAAAAAGUGAAAGCAACACAUGGUCAGUUUUUAUGAAGGAGAGGAGUAUGAGCAUGAAUGCAUCUUUAUCCCCAGUUUUUCUAUCCAGUGUGAGAAAAUCCCCUAAAACAGAGGGCCAUCCGAAUGCUCUUAAGAACAUAAGAAACUAUACACUCUUACAAGCCUCAAUAAUUGAUAUGAUCCAUCGCAAUGAAGGCAAUGAAAUUGGUCCGUUGCGUAAGUCCAUGUCUGCGUUGGAUUUUCGCCUCCCUCCAGACAAGCUAUCAAGCCUCUACUCCCAGUUCAGAAAUUAAGCCCUCACAUGUAAUUUUCUAAUUUAUGUUCUAAUUCUUGUCCACUUAAGUCUGAAUGUUUUCUUGUGUAUUUAUAAUUAUUUAUAUCAUUUUUCCCAUGAUGAAGAUAAGCAUACGAAUCUUUAUCUUUUUUUCUUUAUCUCUCUGUCAUCAUCUAUCUUAAAUUUCUCUCUCUUCCUACUUUAUACUGUUUUUGUAAAAAAAAAUUAUGUAAAUUAUGUUUAACAUAUAUACAAUCACUACAUAAAAAGGUACCUUUUUUAAGAAGAAAAAUACAGUAAUAAUAAAUAUAAAGACGCUCAUUAAAUGUUCAUUUUUUAUGACUAACUUCAUUUUAUCACCCGAUAAUGAUCAGCACCAUAACUUCAUUAGUGAUGAGAAAAUGUCACAUAAUUUAUCACAAAUGUAAAGUAUUAAUAAUAUAUUUAAGUUUCUUAUACAUGUAAAAAUCAUUUAAACAUCUAAAAGAUUGACACGUUUCAUAUUCACAUUAGACAGGCUUUCUUAGAGAGAGUU